AUGUUUGAUUUCGCACUCAUUCCGAUCACCAUGAUCAUGGUUGGUUGCUGUUCAAAUGUGAUUUCACUUGAAAUGAUCAUUAGACAAGAUUCAUCACAGAGUCAAUUGAUUACAUUUCUUCAGUUUACAUUUGUAGUUUUUAUAUCGUUCCUCACUAAUAUCCAUUGGAAACGAGUGUUUCUGUGUUUCUACGUACCGAAUGGAUUCUUAAAGCGAAAGAUACCGAUGCGUACCUAUGCAUUGAUGGUAUCGAUAUUCUUUAUUGUUUCGAUAUUGAAUAACUGGGCGUUGUCAUUCAACAUCGCUCUGCCAUUUCACAUGAUCUUUAGAUCGAGUUCAUUAUUAUCAACCGUUGUUAUUAGCAUGUUAUACUUUAAAAAAGAAUUCACUAUGAAACAGAUUAUUUCAUUACUUAUGGUUACCAUUGGUAUUACAAUGGCUACACUUAGUUCUGUACCAGAACAUAAAAAGAAGAUUACAUUUGAAGAAACAGAUACUGCAUCGAUCAUUACUUUUAUUAUUGGUAUCACAAUGUUGACGAUUGCAAUGUUUUUAUCAUCGGUUCUUGGUCUCAUUCAAGAGAAUACCUACAAAGAUCAUGGAAAAGAUUGUCACAGAGAAACUAUCUUUUAUUCUGUAGAUCUAACUGCAAGUGUUGUAGCGAACAAUCAAUCUGCACCUCUUGGACUUGACAUUGCGUAUCUACCGAUACUUCAAACGAUGCCAAGUCAGUGGUUCUACUUGCUGAUCAAUGUGGUUACACAGUACAUUUGUAUUCAAGGAGUGUUCAUUCUCACCGCAACAUGUUUCUUUGCUUUAUCAAUGGCAGCUGAAACCCCACGUCCAACUGUAAUUUGGCAUGGUAUGGGUGACACCUGUUGUUAUUCAUUCUCUAUGGGUGCAAUCAAGAAAUUGAUUGAAGCACAAAUCCCAAAUAUCUAUGUAAAAUCGAUUGAGAUUGGAGAUUCUUUGGAAGCCGACGAGUUCAAUUCAUUCUUCAAGCCAGUCAAUGAACAGAUCGAUAUGGUCUGCUCGAUGUUGAAAUCCGAUCCACAAUUGGCCAACGGUUUCAACGCCAUCGGUUUCUCGCAGGGUGGACAAUUCCUUCGUGGUUACGUCGAGCGUUGCAACGACCCACCCGUCUACAACUUGAUCUCCGUUGGUGGUCAACACCAGGGUGUCUACGGUAUGCCACGUUGCGAGCCAAACAGCACCUUCUGCAAUUUGGCCCGUGAGAUGGCCGAGCUCGGAGUCUACACCGACGAGGUCCAGUCACACUUGGUGCAGGCCCAAUACUGGCAGGAUCCAGUCGACUACCAGACCUACUUGGACAAAUCGCAGUUCCUUGCCGACAUCAACAAUGCUCGUCCCGCCAAGAACGACACCUACAAGAAGAACUUUAUCUCGUUGAACGAGUUUGUCAUGGUGCAAUUCACCGAGGACACAAUGGUCAUUCCACGUGAGUCCGAGUGGUUCGGUUACUACGUCACCGGUCAAGCCACCAAGUUGAUCCCAAUGGAACAGACCGAUCUCUACAUCCAAGAUUGGAUCGGACUCCAGUAUCUCGACAAAGAAGGUCGUGUCACCAAGAUCCCAUGUGCUGGUAACCAUUUGCAAUUCACCGAUGCCUGGUUCGAGCAAUACAUGAUCCCAUACAUGAACAACACUAUCUCUGCUAUUUAA